UAACUAAUAAUAAUAAUAUAAUUUUGAAUAUUUAUUCAAAAUAAUAAUAAUUCGACUUUAGGCAUCAUGCUAAAUUUAAUGAAAAACUGUUGUAAUUUUUAAAAAAUUAAAAGAAAACAAAACUACUUUGUGCUGGCAAAAAUUAGUCAUUGAAAAGCGGUUCCCAAAAGAAAAAAAUCACAAGAGAAUCAUCAACAACAACAAAAAGUGCAAUUUUAAACAAAAAAUUUAUUAAAAAAAAAAACAAAAAAAUGUCCUUUAAAAAAGAUUUAUAUUACUGCAAAAAUAUUGAUGACUUGGAAAAACGUUCCGAGAUACCCGAUGUCCGACAACGUAAAAUGCAAUUUUUACUGGAGACAGCAAAAAAACUUAAUGCUGAAGCUGAGAAACAUUAUCGCAAAGGUGAUGAGGAGUUGGCCUAUGUUUUCUAUACAAAAUAUUUUAAUCUGCUCAACAGCAUUUACAAGAAACCCGACUAUCAGGAGAAUAAACCUCUGAUAAGACAAAUGUUGGGUGAUAAUCGCACCAAUAAAAUGACUAUGGACCGUUUGGAGGCUUUAACUAUGUCGCUCAACGAACGUUAUGAACGUUUAAAUGCUAAGAAUAAAGCAAAAACAGCAGGUGCUGCAACGCCGCCAGCAAUGGUGUCAAAUGAUCGUUCACGUUCAAAUUCUCCUAAAGUCCUCAACAAUGUUGUGGAUAUAGCCUCUAUGCAUUUAAUGUCUUGUCAGCAAUUAUUCGAAGCUAUGAAAUUACAAAAUGUUUUAGUAAUAGAUUGUCGUUCGGCAGAAGAUUUUAAAACGUCUCAUUUGCAAUACAAUUUAACGUUAAGCAUACCCGAGGAAAUUAUACAGGCGGGCAUGUCGGCUGGUAAAUUACAAGACAAACUUGACAACGAAUCCAAGAAGCUAUGGUCAGCUAGAGCCAUUAAAGAUGAGGUGGUUUUAAUGGAUUGGAAUUGUUCGGAACCAAAUCCUCAAGAAGACAGACCCAUUGCUGUGCUAAUGGACAUAUUGCAAAAUUGGGAUCCCGAUGUAACCUAUCGUUCUCCCAUCAAAAUUCUCGAAGGUGGCUACGAAUACUUCCUCUUAAUGUAUCCCACGUGGUGUACAAAUCCCAUGGUGCAGGCACCAUCUGUACCACAAAAUAAUCUAAAUCUUAUCGAUGAUAUAGAAUAUCCUUCGGUUUUCGAUAUACAAAUGAAGGAUGAUAUAAUAUUGAAUAUUAGCGAUGCGGCAAAUACAGUAAAAUCACCAACACCAUCGAACACAGUAAACAGACCCAUCAUAGAUAGAUCUAGCAAACAUGCAGCUCUAAAAACUUAUGAUGAAAAACAAAAAGCCAUAGAUGAAAUUGUUAAAGAUCAGACAGUUCUCUUGGAAAAGGCCAAAGAAAAUGAUGAAGAAUUACAUAAGGUGGCCAAGCAAUUGGAUAAUAUAUAUGGUAAAAAACAAUUAACACCCUCGGAACAGCAAUUGGUGUACAAUAUGAUGCAGUUGGAGAGUGCAGCAGAAGAUUUUAAACUAGAAAACAUGCGUCUGCGCGAAGAACUAGAAGAAUACAAACGCCGAGAAAAAGAAGAAAAAGCCAACAUUCCUUCUCAGCUUAAAGUUGAAGUAGAAAAGGCCACCAAAGAGAUAGAAGCUAAAAUCGAAGAACGUCAACGUUUAGAUGAACAAUUGGAGCGAGAGAAACAACAACGUGCCUUACAAUUGGCUAUAGCUAGAGAAAAUAAACGUCAGUUAAAUGCGAAACUUAUUGAACAGGAAAAGCUGCAAACUGAACGUGAUGUAGCUAAAAGUGAUAGCGACGCUUAUGAUUUGGAAACAGAGCCGGAGCCAAAGCCCUUGCAGGAAGAACCUGAAAAGUUUAUAGCAAAACCAGCCAUACCACAGUUUGACCGUUCGGUUAAACCCCAAUUAAAUACCGCACGUCCCUCUCCGCCACAUUCACCUAAUAUUUAUGCUUUACAAAGACAACGUGACUUUUCACCUGUUGCCGGUUCAGUGGGUCGUGGUUUGACGGGCUUAAAGAAUUUGGGGAACACAUGUUAUAUGAACAGCAUAAUACAAUGUCUUAGCAAUACGCCACAAUUGGCCGAAUACUGUAUAACGGACAAAUAUAAAAACUAUAUCAGUCGCAAUAAUAAAACAAAAGGACAAAUUGUUGAAGAAGUUGCCGCACUAAUUAAAGUUUUAUGGAAUGGCAAUUACAAAUGUGUUGCCAGCAAGGAUUUGCGUUAUGUUAUUGGUCAAUAUCAGAAAAUGUUUCGCGGCAUCGAACAGCAGGAUUCUCAUGAAUUCCUAACCAUUUUAAUGGAUUGGUUACAUUCUGAUCUACAGACCGUAGCCCAACCGCCUGAAUAUAUACGCGAACCAAUGACCGCCUCCGAUAAAGCGUGGUUAGAUUUUACCAAAUCAAAAGAAAGUUUAAUAUUGCAUUUAUUUUAUGGCCAAAUUAAGAGUAUCGUUAAGUGUACCACCUGCGAUAAGGAGUCGGCCACGUAUGAGUGUUUCUCAAAUCUUAGUUUAGAGCUGCCGGAAAAUAAUAAUGUUUGUCAUUUGUCACAAUGUUUAGAUAUGUAUUUUAGCGGUGAACGUAUACACGGUUGGAAUUGUCCGGCCUGUAAGCAGAAACGCGAUGCAAUUAAGAAAUUAAAUAUAUCGAAACUGCCGCCGGUAUUGGUGAUACAUUUGAAAAGAUUUUAUGCCGACACAGAUUCCCUAACACCCUCCUACAAGAAGAAACAAAACUAUUUACGUUUUCCCCUCGAGAAUCUCAAUAUGUCACCGUAUAUCACCAUUUCCGAGUCCAGACGCAAUACCACAAAAUCCUAUGAACUAUAUGCGGUAUCAAAUCAUUAUGGUUCCAUGGAAAGUGGUCAUUAUACAGCAUUUUGUAAGAGUGGCACCUAUGGUAGAUGGUUUAAAUUUGAUGAUCAAAUUGUUACACCUUUAGAUGCAUCAAAUGUCGUCUCAAGUGCUGCUUAUAUAUUAUUUUAUACACGUUUACAACCCUCGCAAUAUAUAUCGCAAACCUGUCGCCUUUAAUGCAAGUUAACUAAGGCUUAGGGUCUUUUUAGUUUAAUACAUUCUACUAUAACAAUUUAUAAUUAUUUCUAGUCUAUAAUAGAAAUUUUGCCUUAAAAGAAUAAUAAUAAUAAUAUAAAACGAAAGGUUUAAUGAAUUUUUUUUUCUUUUUUUAAUUUUAU